AGAUCGUGAAAGCUAGGUGACUCAAGUGGAUUUGCUCCGCGUGAACCCAUGUAAACUUCAAAAGUGGAUGAUGUUUAACCUAAUUAGGCUAGAGCUGUUGGCAAGACAACAACCGGCAGUUAUAUUACCUAAGCUGGGGAAGUCGACGGCGAUUUGGUUUUUAUUUUAAGUACCUAGGUACCCCUCUACUUCCAGUCUUUUAAGUCAAAUCUUCGAGUUAGUCCAAUAUCGAGUCCUUUUUUCACUCAACUUGAUACACCUAGCUAUUUCUUCAACAUGAACAAAUUAAUAUGGCGUAGAGCCGCAAAUAUUAAUUCUACUCUCCGUCCAGGAGUUUCGCGGUUGAUAUUUAUCAAUGGACACCAAUUUACUCGACAGGCAAGUUCAGCUCCAUCGAUAAUACAACCAUCAUUUUGGAAGAGCUUGGUACCGAAGCCAUUUCGACGCUCAGAACAAGCUGCGGAUUGGGGCGCGCCGAAAAAACCCAAGUCGAAAGAGUGGAACCCGGCGACAUUCUACAUCGUAAUAUUUCUUUUCAUCGGGUCCAUGUCUAUCCAGAUGAUUGCCCUGAAGAAAGACUUUGACACAUAUGUAAGGCGAGCCGAAGUGCGUAUCGGUUUGCUGCGCGAGGUCGUAGAGAAGCUACAGAGAGGCGAAGAGGUAGAUGUUGAAAAGACGUUGGGCACUGGCGACGCUGAAAAGGAAAAAGAAUGGGAAGAAGCAUUAAGGGAAAUCGAGAAUAACGAUAUCCUCAAAAACGUGAAUAAGACCGAAAACACGAAACCAACAGCGGCUCCUUCUACUCCUGCUAAGACAGAAGCUACAAGCACGGAUAAUACGGUACCACCGAAGAAGAAAAAUGGAAGCUAUGCAAGUUUCUUCUAGUCUACUGACUCCAUUAUUAAGUAUAUAU